AUGUACACAACUUAUUCUUCACCUAUUAAACACCUUGCUCAACUCACGGUGUCUUUUUCUCGGACUCCUUCGUCUGAGCUCACUCUUUUUACCCCGGCGUCUCAACCGGAAUGUUACGAGAUCUUCAUAGACCCAAAACGGAUCCACCAAAAUUCAUGCUUUAUUAAAGGAGUGUAUGAUGAGCCUGCAUGCAGCAAUGAAACGUACUCCCGUGCUGUGCAGGUUGUGGGUUAUGGUACUGAGAAUGGAAAUGACUACUGGCUGGUCAAGAACAGCUGGGGUAUUAACUGGGGAGAGCAGGGAUAUAUUAAGAUGAGCAGGAACAAGAACAAUCAGUGUGCAAUUGCUACUAUAGCAAGCUACCCUCUGGUCUCAAGAGGCGGUCCUGCACUUUCCUCAGUGAGGUGGAAACCAGUGGUGCUUAUUUUCUUUAUGUAUUUAAUUAGGUAAUUAAUUAAUUAAUUAGCAAGUUUUGUAAUAACAUAUUGUUUUGUUUCUGGUGUGUUGUUGUUGAUUAGGGGUAUAACUCUUUAAAAGUUAUCAAUAAAUGUGGGGGGAAAAAAAUGUUGCACACUGAAAUAUAAAAAUUUCCUUGUGUGUUUUUCAGUGUGUUGGUGAUGUGUGGUUUUUAGCACGCAUUUUUCAGAGAGAGAUAUUUUGCAUCUGUGUGCACAGUUUUCUGCAGACUUUUGUGUUCCCCAAAGAAUAAAACCUGC